CAUCCAACCUACAAUCGAAUCGAGCUACUCAUUUUCUUCUCCAACUCAGAUAUCAGACGAUUAUUUAAUCGAUGUAUCAUCCUUCGCAUUAUCACAAACCCCGGAAUUAAUUGCUUCAGAACAACCCGUAGAAUCAGUCGAUUCAUCUUUUUUUGAUCUAUGUUUACCUCAGAUGACGGCAUUAAAUUAUCAUUCGAACACUUUACAAGUCUCAAAUGAUGAUAAUGUGGAGACCACGUCCCAAAAUUUUGAACUCAAUGCUUUAAUCUACGGAAGUUCCCGGUACUGUUGA